AUGUCAGUCGAAGCAAAAACGUUCACGAACAAAUCUAAUGGCGAAACAUUCACAAAAGGCACUUACAACGGUAUUGAAGUCUUACGUAGAGACAAGGAUGGUUAUAUAAAUGCAACAAAGAUGUGUCAGCAGUUUAGGAAAGACUUUAGAAGGUUGUUGGAAAAUAAGUCCUGGGAAGAGUAUUUUAAGGCAUUUUGUGAAGAAUAUACCAACCCGCGGAAAACGGCGGGUUGCUUUUUAUACAAAGUUCAUGCAGGAAUUCCGGAUGAAAUCAAACAGGUUAGAGGAAUGUAUGUAGACCCAAGACUCGUAAACUAUAUUGCAAUGUGGGCUUCUCCAAAAUAUUGUAUAGCAGUUGGAAAAAUUAUGGACUCCAUAGACAAGAAAGUUCAUGAGAAAUUAGAUGAAGAAGAACUUGAAGAUACAGUAGAGAAUGCAAAACCUUUGUUUGAAGAAGAA